AUUUUAGUCUACUUCGCUCAAUGCCAAAGAAAAGAAUGGUAAAACCAUCUCCAAGAUUUACUCCGGUUGUGGAACGACAGUCAAACCCUUUCGAAAAUAUUCGAAAUAGAUACUUCCAUGUGAAAAUAUUAUUCUAUCUAGCAAUUUGCCUGCGUUACCCAAUAGAUAAUUAUGACCAAGAACGGGGGAAGCUACAAAAGUAUUUUGCAAUUGAUGCUGCGUUUUGUCCGGAGUGUUUCCUACCGAAGUCGAAUAUGUGUGUCGCUCUAGAAAGUAGGUUUGAGUUCGAAUUGGGUGAUCUUGUUGAGGUGGUGAAUACACUAAUCGGCGUUAAAAAAGUUCACUAUGGUAAAUUGAAAGGAGUGGAGGGGAAAGCCGUGGUUAAACACGCGGCCCGCGAACGUGUACUUGAACAAAUCAAAGCAGAAAUAGGAGAAGUAAAUAGUCCCGCGGAACUCGAUGGGAGACUCUACAAAUUAUUCCUGAAAAGGGAUCGUGUUGGCUUCUACUUUUGCCGCCAGUCGACGUUAAAUAUGUUUGUCAAAGGAUUGACCAACUAUACCCGCUCACGGAUUGAAACAUGGAUGCAUCUACUGGUGAACGCGGAAACGAUAUUGCUGCCGGUAAUGAAUAAAUUCUCAGUUAUGGCAGUGCCAACAUACUACGGCCACUGCGGGUUCACAAUCUAUGAAUCGUACAAUGGAAUAACCCUUGCCGAGGUGAAUAAACGGAAGAUCUCCUACUACCAAAGAUUACAGAUAGCAUUACGGUUAUUAUUUGCCACAUCGGCUCUAACUGAUGGUUUCGACAACUAUCGAGUCUACUUGACCGAUCUCACCCUCGAUAAUGUAGUUUACGACGAAAAAACUGGAAAUGUAACAUUCAUUGAUUUAGAUUCGGUUGUAAUUGUAGAUGGUGAUUAUAACAGAACAGCAGCAACGAUGGUGGAAGAACCACCAGAUAGAUGGUGGGCAAUCCAUAAAUAUGAGAAAAUACCUUGUAAAGGUUGUUUUGCAUAUACAAAACACGAUUUAUGCUCGCACUACCAAAGUGAUAUAAAUAUGUUUUCUGUUUGUCAAUUACUGAAUGAGGAUUUGUAUGGAGACCAAACAAAGGGAUUCUUAAAACCGAUACCACGUUUCAUCGAUAUAACCUUCCCAGCUCUUCGCUCCAAAUUGCUGCAAUGUGUCCGAUGUCAAGACAUAUUAUGCGAUAAUCGUUUUUAUAUAUCUAUCCAAUUAGCGCAGGAGAUCGCCAGGAUCAUUAAAUAUUUUGAAAGCUGAAUUUCUCUAUACAAUCUUUAGAGUUUAGAUAGUUUCAAAGUUAGUUCUCUAUCGGCAGGUAUGUAAAUUUGUAUAUCCAGUUUCAGCUUAGAAUUAAAAAUAUUUUUUUAACAUAGAAGUGUAAAUAGAGCUAUCAAUUAAUGUAAUCAUAAUUCCAAAAAACAAUCAUGCUGCAGGUAAGCAAGCACAAUUUUAAUUCAAAAUGUUAUUUAUUAAUAUCUUUUUUCAUUUAUUAAAGCAUCAAAUAUUUAUAUUGUCAUUCACAUAAAUUAUUUUCUUUUAUAAGUCUUUUAUUUGCCAUUUUUUGUAUAAUUAUUAAAAAUUUGUUUCUUAUUCA